GACUGCACGUGAAAGCGGCACAGAGCAUCCUCAUCCAGUAGGCUACAUCACAGUGACGUCCUGUGCGGAUAGAUAGAUGUCCUUACUGUUCAAAUCAUAGCUAUAUAUCCUUAAUAUUUUCUUUAUGUAAAAGGGCGUUUUAACGCUCGGGAGAGAAGCAGCAGCAUGCAGCGGAGCGCAGUGGUGGUGGUGGCGGAUAAAACGAGCCUGAAAAGGCCGUUUAUUUUUGCAAAUGCUGUGCAUAUGGCGCUGUGCUUCUUCAUGUUGACGAUGACAGUAGCUUGGCAUAGAGACCUUGUACAAACUGGCAAACUGGUGUCCAGUGUUUCUGUAGUGAUAAUGUACGUCAUGGAGAUUGGCUGCCUGCUGCUCUCAGUGCUCGGUGUGUUUGGAGCCUGUAAAGGAAAGAGAUGGUGUUUGAUUCUGUAUGCAGCUGGGAUGGCGGCAGCCAGUCAAACAAUAAUUAUUAGAACAGCACUAAGUUACCAAGAUGUUUAUGAGAAACGUGUGGUCCGUGAGGAGUCUAAGUUGCUGUCCAUGAUGCCACUUACUGGAACCAGCAAAGCCAACAGGACCCUGCUGUAUAGUAUUCAAGAAGAAUUUGAGUGCUGUGGUCUUAUUGAUGGUUACAAAGACUGGGGCUCUUCCAUCCCUGCCUCCUGUAACUGUCAAUAUCCAGGAAAAUGUAUUCGGCUACGGGGCAGCGCCACACUCGGGGCUCCAAAGAACCAGUAUGUUUAUCAAGAGCCUUGCCUACCAAUUUAUGUUUCUGAACUGAAGCUUGCAUUCUCAUUGGCGAUGGGUAUACAAUUUGGAAGUGGAGUGUUUUGGGUGAUUUUACUUGUCAUGAGCAUCAAGCUGAUGGGCCAGAUAAAAAGAAAACAGGAGUUCAUGGCUCUUCUCCAGUCAAACAGAUAUGUUCCUGGUGCCUUCUAGUCACCUAGUACGUUUUGAUACACACUUCAAGUUAUUAUCAAGAGUACCUUGUUUGAAUUUGCACAUGUAAACACAUUAUGCUGUAUACCAUAACCUGGCUAUUUUGUGCUAUAGCAACAUAUGUUGACAUUAUAAUUUUCUAUUAAUACGUGUUAAUGCAUGUAACUGAUAUUGAAAAGUAAUCUACAUGCAUAGAUCAAUUUCAAAUGAAUCUUUUUUGCCUUACUGCUGUAAAAACAAUGCAAUUUAAUGAAGUUAACCAAUCUUUAAUAAUCAUCAGAUUUUCAUAUGCUUUUGCCGUAUCUCUAAAAUUAUGUUAUCUUACCAAGCAUUAACCAGCCAUCUAUUUUCUUUGAGUAGCUGGAGCCUAUCCUGGCAUUUUGUUAUUUACAGUAAGUAUUGUCUUGUAUGGAUAAUAUUUGUUCUCUCCAUUUCCUUCAUACCUGGACAUAUCAGUGAGUCUUUGGAAAGACAGAUAUUAAUCCGGUUGCAUCUACUGUACCUAAACACACACACAAAACACAUUUAACACUUGUCAACUGGACCAACGUCUUUUAAACAUACAUAUUUAAAUAUUCAUACUUGUCUUAAGCUCACUCUUUGAUUUUUCAGCAUUAGAGCAACCAAUAAUCUUUGAACAGAUAAUAAUAUUAAUAACCCUUAUGUAGCACUUUUCUUAAACAGUGUUUACAAAGUGCUUUGAUUGAAAUAUAAUCAUUUAUUUAUUAUUGAGCGAUGUAUUUUCUUGGGUAAAUAAUCAGGUUAGACGAAGGAAUGAGCCACAGCUCUCAUGUCUUGAUGCCUUGUUAAGCACAUUGUAGAGUUGAAACUUUAACUCCAUUCAGUUUUUCUUAAAAGCACAUUUAGUGAGAAAAUGACACUUGAUCAUGUUCACUAGGAGGCAAGGGGACUCUGUUUGGUUGCACAUUCAGUAGACGUGCAGUAAAUCCUCAGUUAUUUUGCCUCCAAAAUUUGAUUUCAAGGUUUGGAGAAAUUUUAGCAAGGCCACUGCAGACAGGUUGUGAGAGGCUCUUGUAGGAAAAUGCGUCAUCAGUAUUCUUGCAGAGACUGCAAUGUCCCAGCUGAUGCCACUCUCACCGAAUAAGCCUUUUAUGCCACAUCUCUUCUAAUAUGACUUGCUGCAUGAGCUGCCUGCGGUUGAAAUGUCUCCUUGGCUAGAAUACUGUCAAAUGAAUUUCAUCUGAAACAGCAGAUCCAAAUGUCUACCUGUGCACUUUAACCAUUAAUGCCUAAUGUACAAUAUGUUCUGUAUGUUUUUUUAUUUCUGUCAUACACUUUUAUUUAUGGAAUGAACUUAUGUAAUGUUUUGUAAAUAGCAGGAAUAAAAAAUGUGAUUCUUGUUCCUUUGA